UCUAGUGGGUCAUAUGGGAAGGACGUAGCCUAUAUAAAAAGAACUAGAUCAGGCAGGGAGUUUACACUGAGAACAGAACAGAAGCCUUAGCAAGGCACUUCAACUACAGCACAGGAAUGGAAUCUUUGAAGAACAAACCAGUAGACAGCCCUAACAGCGAUUUGUCCGAGCAGAUUAAAGCAGCGACUAAAGACAGUCACAUAAGAGCGGAGAACACACAACUGAUGCUCAACUAUCAGAAAGGACGGAUCACACAAACACAGUAUAAGCUCCUGUUGUGUUCUCUGUAUGAGAUCUACCAAGCGCUUGAGGAGGAGCUGGACAGGAACUGUGACCACCCUGCAGUACAGCCCAUCUAUUUCCCUCAGGAGCUGGCACGGCUGGAGUCUCUGGAACAAGACCUGGAGCAUUUCUUUGGACCUCAAUGGAGGAAGAAAAUAUCAGUGCCUGCGGCCACACACAGAUACACCCAAAGACUGAGAGAGAUUGGCAAAAACAGCCCAAAUCUUCUGGUGGCACACACCUACACACGCUACCUCGGGGACCUGUCGGGAGGUCAAGUGUUGGGCAAAAUUACCCAGAAAUCCUUGGGGCUGAGUGGCAACAAAGGGGUGGCAUUUUUCUUGUUUCCUGGAGUGACGAGCCCCAACAAAUUCAAGCAGCUGUACAGGGGCAGAAUGAACAGCAUUGACUUAACCGAGCAGGAGAGACGGGACGUUCUGGACGAGGCCACCAGAGCGUUCGAGUUCAACAUUGAGGUUUUUGAUGAUCUUCAGAAAAUGCUCAGCAUCACAGAGGAAAAUUCCAGAAAUGACGUCACAUCAAACACUUUCGCCAGCUCUCCGGUUCUGCAGUUUGCUUUGGGUGUGGGUGUUGCUUUAGCAACUGUUGGAAUGGGAGUUUAUGCUUUUUGAUUCAUAUUAAAUACUGUAUAAAUACUGCGAGAUCUAAUCUACAAGCUUUUUAAACACUAAUCAAAGACACAAUACUUUUAAAGUUUGCAAAGGCAAUAAAAUAAUACUGUUACAGUGCAACCUAUUAAAAUAUGUAAAUAUUUUUCAUAUAGGCUACUUGGGAAAUAAAAACGUAAAUGUUUAAUUUGUGUCCUGUAUCUAGAGAUGAAUAAAGACCAACAUUGAAAUUCA